AUGAUUCUUCUCUUUAUUGUUUCUGUCUUUUUUCGAAUAUCGUCUUUUUCACUUAAAAAAAACUUUCCUUCUUUUUUCUUCUUCUUCUUUGUUUUCCCUUUAUUCUUAACCCAAUCCCUUUCUUUCUUUCUUUCUUUCUUUUUUCUUUCUUUCUUUCUUUCUUUCUUUCUUUCUUUCUUUCUUUCUUUGUUCACCUGUCUUUCUCUAUCUUUAUUCUUAACCCAAUCCCUUUCUUUCUUUCUUUCUUUUUUUUCUUUCUUUCUUUCUUUCUUUCUUUCUUUCUUUCUUUGUUCACCUGUCUUUCUCUAUCUUUAUUCUUUUAUUCUUAAGCCAAUCACAUUUUCUUUCUUUUUAUUUCUUCCUCGACUUAAACAUUUCUUUCUUCCUCCGCUUAAACACUUCUUUCUUCGCUUGAACAGUUUCUCAUUUAUUAUACUACUGUUUAAAUCUUCCAUCUUUUACUUCACUUAUCCUCUACUUCCUUUUUUUAUUUUUAUUUUAAACACUUUCCUUCUUUUGAGUGCGUUCCUUUUUUUUUGUCUUCCUCCGCUUAAACACUUCUUUCUUCCUCCGCUUAAACACAUCUUUCAUCCUGCAGUUAAAGACUUCUUUCUUCCCCCGCUUAAACACUUCAAUCUUCCCCCAAUUAAAUACUUUCCUUCUUUUGAGUACUUUCUUUUUUUUCUUUCGCCAUCUUGCUUUAUUAUUUUAUUCCGCUCUUUUUCCUUUUUUUUUAUCUUCAUCUCGUUUUUCUUCUUUAAACUCUUUGCCUUCCUUUCUUCGUUUCUCUUUUACACGAUUUCUUUCUUUCAUUUUCUAUCUUCUAUUCGCAUGUUUACUCUUGUUUUUUUUUUCUCUUCUUCUUCAUUAAUUAUUUACACUUUCAUGUCAUCCUUUCCUCUUUUUACUCUUCUUUCUUUCUUUCUUUCUUUCUUUCUUUCUUCCUUUCUUUUCCUCUCUCUUAUUUCCUUUUUUUCUUUUUUGUGUAAUAUCCUUUUUUCUCUUUUGCUUUUUUUUUUGCUUUUUUCUAUUUCUUUCUUUCUUUCUUUCUUUUUAGUUCGUCUUUAUUUACUACUAAUCCUCCAGUUGUUUCUUUCUGAUUUCAUUCCUUCUUUCUUUUUACUACUAAUCAUACAGUUUUUUUCUGCCUCUUUUUCUUUCUUUGUUUUUACUUUCUUUCAUUUAGCUAGGCGUAUUUUUUUUAGUAGAUUCUUUAAAAUCCAUUUUCUUUCUUUCUUUCUUUCUUUCUUUCUUAAUAAUCCAUUUUUCUUUUCUUUCUUUCUUUCUUUCUUUCUUUCUUUCUUUCUUUCUUUCUUCUUUCUUAAUAAUCCAUUUUCUUUCUUUUUCUUUCUUUCUUAA